GACUUUCCCAAGAAUGAUAUUCUGUGCUAUUCUAGGAAACAACUGAAAGAUCCAGAGGCCACCAAUGAGCAAAGUCCUCUGUGGAUGCCUACACACAGGCGGGAUGUGGGCAGCUUCCAUCGGACGGGAAGACUGGAUUGCCUUUGUCAAGCAAUUUCUGCACCUGUUGACAUUCUGACUGAACUUUCAGCUGAAGGACUGCUCAGUCUGGAUUGCUGCACUGUUGACUACAGGGAAGCUUCAGAUUUCAAAAAAUCUGUGAAGUCUGAACAAGAGGCCUUCCCAAGAUGUACCGAGUCUCUCAACUGAUGUCGACACCAGUAGCAAAUUCCUCUAGGUCAGACAGAGGACUUGGUGGAGAGCUGUCCCCCACGUGCAUUUUCCCAAGCUUUGAUUGCAGUUUCCUGGAUGGAGACAGUUCCUUUGAAUGCUGUUCCAUAGACCCACUGACAGGCUCCCACUGUAUCUGCCGCAGAAGCCCCAGGCUCCUCACCAAUGGCUACUACAUUUGGACAGAGGACAGCUUCCUCUGUGACCCAGAUGGCCACAUUACUCUGAACCCCUCCCAUACCAGUGUUAUUUACAAGGAGAACUUGGUUAGAAUAUUUAGAAAGAAAAAGAGAGCCCACCGCUCUGUUUCGUCUCUUUUGGACCUCAGAGCUUCUAAAUCCUGGCUGCAUGGAAGCAUGUUUGGAGACAGUGAAUUGCCCUCAAGUGAGGACAUCUGGUUGGAGGGCAUCAGGAGCCUGGACUCAUACUACUGCAAUGAAAAUGGAGGUGAUCGUGACUGCUCUCUGAGUGAUGGACUGGUGUCACAGACGCCAAUUACAGACACUCCAGAAGCCACUUCCUCUGUCCAUGUCUUGCAUCAGCCUCUCAGCGAAAGCUCCCAGCAUUCCUCCCUUCAGUCCCAGAUGAAAGAAUCCGAACAUUUCCAAGAGAAUGUUUUGGUGCAUUCAAAAGCCAAUCUGAUGUACAAGGUCUCCUUUCAGGCAGUCCUGCUUACGGCAUGCUUAAUCGUUUCUGCAUGUGCAAGAUGGCUUAUGGGAGGAGAAUUAGUCAGUGUCUUCACAUGGCCAUUGAUGUGUGUAUUUCUCUUUUCCAUACAAGAUAUUGUGAAAUCACUGUUUCUCAACCUUGCCAGUUAUUUCAAAGCCACCGCUUGUGCUGGGUUUGACAGCUCUUGAGGAAUGCCUCUGAUGAAUAUCUUUAAUCUGAAUAUCUGAAAACUGUCUGAUUUUCACUCUACUUGAAAUCAACUGCUUUAUUGGAAGGGAAUGAACAAAUGGAUAAUCGAGAAAAAAAGUUAAUUUGACAAUGUAAUAAUAAUAAAGAAAACUUCAACUUCAACUUGUACUGAUAAUAGGCUCCUGAAAAUAAUAUUAAUUUGCCUUUCCUUUGCAACCACUGCCAGUUGAAAGUGAAGAGACAGGGGAAAAUGACAGCAGACAGACCACCUGGAGGUACAACCCCAAGGUUGUGGUCCUUGAGACAUUCAUUUUCGUUAGAUAAUUCUGUGAGAUUUUUUAACCAUGUAGGCUUCUGUCUGCCAGCAUGCAGCUAUGCCUUGCUUGCUGACCUGACGUAAUUUAACAAAGAAAACAAGCUUGUAUAAUUAACACAGCUUUCACAGAAAAUAGCACAGUUUAUACAUGCAAAUAUAACUUUGCUAAAGUUUAUCCUUCUCUCAAAAGUGCAUGGAUAUUAGUUGGUGACAGUAGGUUCUAUGGUUUUUCUCCAAAAGCCCAUGUUGAAGCCUUGGUUCUCGGUGUGGCAAUGUUAAGUGGUGGUAGGAACUUUAACAAACGGGGCCUGGGGAAUAUCUCAAGUACCCUUGUAAGUUCCCUGGUCUGUCUCUCUGGAUUUCUGUCCAGUCAUGUGAUAUUUUUCCUCCAAAGUUCCUUAUGUGAUGUGAAGCCAUUCAUCAUGAAACUCUUACUAGGGUGAAGCAGAUUCUGGCAACAAGCUUUUGAACCUCUAGAGCUGUGAGUCAAAUGAAUAUUUAGUAAGUAUUCAGCCUUAGGUAUUUCAUUAUGGCAAUGAGAAAAAGACCAAGAAAGUAGCUCAUCAUUAAUGGAAAGUGAGGAGGAGAGAAUCAUUUUCUUCGCUGUUUUAAAAUUUCCUUGAGUAUCAUGAUUAUCUUUACCUCAAAUUGCAGUUAAAAUAUGAUAUAUGAAAAACUCUUAAAGGCAAAAUAGAAAUAUUAGAGUGUUUUGAAACACAUGAAAAUGGUCCUGCUGUAUAACUGGCUGGAGUUAUAGAAGAUACUGUUUUUUUAUAGCUCUCAUUGGGAAAUUGCACACAGAGCAGAUAUGAUCUGCAGAGGGUGUUCUAGAUCAUAUCAUCUGAUGGAAAAUCCCUGUGCAUAUAAAAUUAUAUUCACUUAAAGUGGUAAUACCAUAUUAACACUAUUUGUAUCUGUGAUGAUAUGUGUUAAUCUUCACUGUCAACAUAACUGGAUUUAGAAUCACUCAUGAGACACAUCUCUGGGUAUGUCUGUGUGGUUGUUUAGCUGAAGAGAGAAGACCUACCCUAAAUAUGGGUGGUACUAUCCCAUGGGUUGCUGUCCUGGACUAAAUAAUAAGGAAGAAAGGAGGAAGAGAGCUGAGCAUCAGCAUGAUCUCUCUCCACCUCUUGACUGUGGACACAAUGUAACCAGUUACCUCUGGUUCCAGCUGACAUGAAUUCUUAUCCUGAUGCACUUAUCCCAUUAUACUUCAAGCCCAAAUAAACCUUUUUUCCUUAA